AUGAAUUAUUAUUUAUUAUAUAGUUUAAAUGAUAUAAAUAAUAAUGGAAGUGGAGAACAUAAUAAUACAUCAUCAGUGGAGAAGGCGAAUUUGACAGCAGGUUGGAAAGGAUUUGCGUCAAACUUGAUAACAAACUUGGUGAUAGCAUCAGUGCUAUUCACCGUGUUCUUCAUACUUCGAGUGUCCUACAGGAACUUCUUCAACGCACGAUUGAUAAAGAGCAAUGGUGCACACUCACCUCUGGUGGUCAACGCCAUCGAAUGGAUCAAAUACACCUUCUACUUCCCCCUCGAGUCGAUAUUCGAGUCACGUGGAAUCGAUGCCUACAUGCAUCUCCAAUUCCUACUACUAUGUAUCCAACUGCUCACAGUAUUCCUUGUGUUUGGUAUUGGUGUGCUAUUGCCCAUCAACUACACUAGUAUAAACACCAGUCUAAAUGGCACUGGAAUAGACAUCAACACAUUGGACUCUGUCUCCAUUGCCUCAGUGCCCGAAGGUUCUGAUCGUCUAUGGGCGCACUCCAUCUCCAUACCACUCUUUACCGGAGUAGCAUUCUUUCUCUUCCGCAGGACAUAUAAGAUUUACUUGGAGAAGAGAUUGCGAUGGAUGACCAAACAUCAUGAGAGGAAUUAUACAGUAUUGGUCAGAGAGAUGAAUAAGGAGAUAAAGAGUGAAGAGCAUAUGUUGACAUUUUUCCAACACUUCUUCUCGGGAGAUGAGAUAUUGGCUUGCCACAUGGUAUACAAGGAGCCGGUGCUAAGGAAGCUUUGGUCAAAACACAGACGAGCACAACGUAAAUUGGACUUGGUACUCAGCGAGAUUGAAACCAAGGGCACCAAACCAAUGCGUGCCAAGGGCUUCCGGCCGGGAAGAUGUGGCGGCGAGGUGGAGGACAGACGCGAGUACUACGAGAAGAAGUUGAUCGACAUUGAUAUCAAGCUGAAGGAGGCACAGAUCGAGGCCAAACUCCCCCAGGAAAGGGAGGGUGCACCAAUGGAGUUUAAGUUGUCCAAUCUUACAAAGGACAAUAUACGCAAAUGGGCACAAUACUCUAUCAAUGCUGGAUUCAUCACUUUCAAGCGAAUGUCAGACGCAUCGAUCUGCGCCACCAGUCUCUACUCUGAGAUAACAAACCGAUUUGUUAUCACACCUGCUCCAGAACUAAAGAACAUCAGAUGGAAGAACCUAACAGUGCCAAGAAGAGAGAGGACCAUCAGGCGUACAAUCAUCUCUGUAGUAUUCUUUGUAUUGUUCUGUUUCUACAUGAUACCAGUUGCAGCAAUCAGUGCAUUGUCAAAGUUGGAGAACUUGGCAAAGAUACCUGUACUCAAUUUCUUGGUGGACUUGGUCGAGAUGAAUGAUGCUCUUAAGGGCUUUGUUCAGGGAUACCUUCCAUCAUUGGCUUUGGUCGCAUUCAUGGGUCUACUACCACUGUUUAUCAAACUGUUGAUUCGAAUCAAUAAGGAGGACACAAGGACAACAUACUACCACAAGGUGUUCACAACAUAUUGGGCAUUCCUCGUCAUCAAUGUAUUCAUUGUUGUCACUAUCUCAGGCUCAGUGCUCACCAUUCUCUUUAGAAUCAUUGAACAUAUGACGCUCAAGGAGGUUGUCACAUUGUUUGGAUCAUCACUGCCCACUCAAUCAUCAUUCUUUAUCAACUACAUUCUCGUCCAAUCACUCACCUCAGUACCACUGGAUCUGCUGCGUCCAUUCGAAUUAAUCGGCGCAGUCAUCAGAGCUUCAAGAGUCUCAUCACCCGGUGACAAAGUAGACGCUGUCACAAAGAAGGAUCCAACCGAUAUCACAUGCAUCAAGUACUCAAGAGAGUUACUCAUCUUAGUGAUCACAGUGUCAUAUAGUACAUUGUCACCCUUUAUCAUUCCAUUUGGAAUGCUAUACUUCUUCUUGGACUAUUAUGUAUCAAAGUACAAUCAUAUCUAUUCAUAUUGUCCAAAGUACCAAACAGGUGGAUUGAUGUGGCCAUUGGUAUUCAAUCGUCUAUGUGUCGGCUUGGCAAUCUAUCAGAUAACAGCCAUUGGAACUUUCUUACUCAAAGUCUUCAUACCUGGCAUUAUAAUCAGUUUCCCAAUGCCACUGAUCACUCUAUUCUAUUGGUGGAGAACCAUAGAGAAGUACAAGAAGCCCACCGAUGUUCUUCCACUAUCGCUCUCACCUGAGGGUGAUUACGUUGGCGAUGACUUCAUCAAAACAUACGAGGAUCCAGUACUUAGCGUAAAUAAUUUUGAUUCGUCAGAGGUUUAG